AUGCACUCAGACAAGCCAAAUUUUCUGUCACAACCCGUGGUGAAAAAUGUUUUCAUGUAUCGCAAUGGAGAUCCGUAUUAUGAAGGCCGGCGUCUGGUGAUAAACGAAAAGAGGGUGUCCAAUUUUGAGACAUUUUUGAAGGAAGUCACCAACGGCGUGCAGCCUGCGUUUGGCGCCGUAAGGAACAUCUACACCCCAAAAGCAGGGCAUCGGGUGUCUUCGUUGGAGCACCUCCAUAGCGGGGAGCAGUAUGUCGCGGCUGGAAAAGAGAAGUUUAAGAAACUUGAUUAUUCACAGAUCGGAACCAAGAAGAAAAAAGUGUCUCAGAACAAUUCAGUACAGGUGAAACCAGUGCCCCAGAGUCGAAUAGUUGUGUCGGCACGAUUUCUGAAGCCCAUUAAAGAGCCCUGUGCAAUCUUCAUUGUAGCAAAUGGAGAUGUGCUGAGCCCGGCUGUGCGGCUGCUGAUACCGCCACGCGUGCUAUGCCAGUUUGAACGUGUGCUGGAGAUGAUCACAGAGAGGAUGGGGCUGAGGAUUCUGGGAGGAGUGCGCAGCCUGUAUACUUUGGAUGGUACAGCCAUCAGUGAUGGAAAGGAACUAGAAAAUGGGCAGUUCUACGUGGCUGUGGGCCGUGAAAAGUUUAAGAAGCUCCCCUACAGUGAGUUGAUCCUCACAAAGCCUGCUGCAGUGAGGAGAUUUAUUGGAUCCAAAGCGGCAUCACUGCCUCCUAUUUACAGAUUUAGAAAACAAAAUGGCAACAGCAAAUCGAUGGUUAGCUGCAGCGAGUCAGGGGACCCCAAAACCUCUCCACCAGCCCAGGCCAAGGAGCAGCUGUCCUCCAUCGUGAGUGAGCUCUCCCAGGCCAGGCUGAUGAAGCUCCGGCAGAAGAAAAGUGGCCUAACCAUGACGCUGGGGGACCAAAACAAUGGUGAGGGAGAGCCGGAGGACCCCGGGGAGAGUGGAGACCAACCGGACAAUCCUUCCAGCAAGGGUGCGAAAGCCACCCCCCCCACAGAAGAGAAGCAGGCAGAGGAAGUGGCAGAAGGGAGUGACCCUAAGGAGACUACAGAGGAGACCCCACCUGAUACUGGCAGUGGCGUGGACACCACCCCUGAGGAGCGCAAGGGGCUCACAGAGGCUGGAACAGGUGACUCUGCCCCCUCAUCUGCAGUCAGUGAGAAAGGGGAGGAGGAUGAAGGAGGAAAUGAGGACCCUACCCCUGCUCCACGCGCAAAGGAGGAGAAGAGCGAAGGCAGACAUGACCCUACCCUUGCAGCAGACACAACGGAGGAGACUAAAGAGAAAAAUGAACCUGCCCCUGCUCCAGAUAGAAAGGAGGAGACCAAUGAAAAAAAUGACCUUACCCCCACUCUGGACACAAAGGAGGAAGGGGACAGUGGGAGUAAGGAAGCAGGUGAGAAACUUGAGGAUGGAAGAGAUGAGAAACCGAAUGACGAUGAACCAGAGACUAAAUACAAUAAAGGUGAAACCUCAGGGGGAGGCGAGGGAAAAAAGGAACCAGCAGAAGGCGCCGAUGCAGAUCAGGCCAGAGAGACAGUGGAGGGGGAGGAGAAGGCUGGAAGUUCUGGAGAUGCUAAGACAGAAACAAUGGAGGAGGAGGAAUCUGUGGAGAAAAUGACCGAUGGAGUUCAGGCAGAAUCAGGAAACGGUAAAGGAGGGGAGCAGAAUGGAGGAGGAGAUGCAAAUUAG